AAGGGCCGCAGAGGAGAAGGCUAUUGGGUGAAAGAUCAGCCAAUGAGGGAGCCUGUUACUAGUCCGCCCGCGGCCGUGUUGGGGGAGGGCCUUAGGCCUUGGAAGGCGGCGGUGGCGUCCGGGAGGUUUGUGCACCAUGAGCUCUAUCGGCACCGGGUAUGACCUGUCAGCCUCUACAUUCUCUCCUGAUGGGAGAGUUUUCCAAGUUGAAUAUGCUAUGAAGGCUGUGGAAAACAGUAGUACAGCUAUUGGAAUCAGAUGUAAAGAUGGCGUUGUCUUUGGGGUAGAAAAGUUAGUCCUUUCUAAACUUUAUGAAGAAGGUUCCAACAAACGACUUUUUAAUGUUGAUCGGCAUGUUGGAAUGGCAGUAGCGGGUUUGUUGGCUGAUGCUCGUUCUUUAGCAGACAUUGCAAGAGAAGAAGCUUCCAACUUUAGAUCUAAUUUUGGCUAUAACAUUCCAUUAAAACAUCUUGCAGACAGAGUGGCCAUGUAUGUACACGCAUAUACACUUUACAGUGCUGUUAGACCUUUUGGCUGCAGUUUCAUGUUAGGGUCUUACAGUGUGAAUGACGGUGCACAGCUCUACAUGAUUGACCCAUCAGGAGUUUCAUAUGGUUAUUGGGGUUGUGCCAUUGGCAAAGCCAGGCAAGCUGCAAAGACAGAAAUUGAAAAACUUCAGAUGAAAGAAAUGACCUGCCGUGAUGUUGUUAAAGAAGUUGCAAAAAUAAUUUACAUUGUACAUGAUGAAGUUAAGGAUAAAGCUUUUGAACUAGAACUCAGCUGGGUUGGUGAAAUAACUAAAGGAAGACAUGAAAUUGUUCCAAAAGAUAUAAGGGAAGAGGCAGAGAAAUACGCUAAGGAAUCCUUAAAGGAAGAAGAUGAAUCAGAUGAUGAUAAUAUGUAACAUUUACUUCAGCAUCUAUUUUAAAUUUCUACUAUAGUCCCAUGUAACUCUUUAGCCCUGUGGAUUCUUACCUACCCAGAGACCAGUUUUCAUUAAACUUUUGUCUUCUAACAAUUGAA